AUGGAGUCAAAACGCUUUUCGGUGGGGUCCGAAACUCAGCUUCCGCUAAGGUUCCGGCGCAGUUACACCAGUGACGCAGCCGGCAUUGCCCAAUUGAGAAAAAUCGCGAGCGUCGCGCAAUGUAUCCCGCCCACCGCAAUGUACCCGUGGAAAACGGAGUCAGAAUUCACGACGCUCAUUGAACAAUCCGUGAUAUCUAUUACAGCGAUAUCUACAGUAAUUGACAAGCCUGUCGGGUUCAUUUGUCUUGACGACACACCGCACACAACGUUGAUACCUGGAGACAGCUGGGAGGUUCUACUAGAUGAUAGUGACGGAGAUUGUGAUAAGCCCCUAUCAAUCUUUCCGUGCAACACCCUAUGGGUGAAGGCAGUUCUCGUUCCUACAUCUACUGCCCUUAUGUCAGACUCUACAAAUAUGACGAAAGAGGAUUUAGACUUACAAAGAAAGCUGCUACUUUUCGGCUAUUCUUCGGAGGCGCUUCUUCAGCGUUUUCUCCAUAUUGCGUUAGACAACCUUCCUUCAAUCGAGCACCUGUUGGUUCCCUGCCCAAUGGGGCAAACUUACCGCGUGUUUGAAAACAUCGGCUUCCGCCCCAGGCCUCUGCAACCCUCAUCCUUCAACGGAACCGUACUUCAUAUCAAAUCCGUCAGUAUUGUGCCGCAGUUGCUUUUGCGACUUGGUAUCGUAGAGGACUAUGACGAUUUUGUGGUUAGGAUUCUCGGUGGUGACGGCCUCAUCACAUCUUUGCCGGAGGAGUUUUAUCUUGACGAGCUGUUAAAAGACCAGAAUAGCAACAACAAGGUGAUUGUCGCCGAGGACGCCGUGACGCACCGUGUCGCCGGAAUUAUGUGCCUUGAGGCCUCCAUCGAGGAUCAGCAAAUGAUAUCACGACAGUACUACACCGAGUUGUACGGAAAGCUUCGCCCUAUGCGAGGGCAACGCAACGCCUCGAAAGGUGCGGUCACUUCCAAUAUGGUGAGGAUUAAGUUUUUCUACAUUGACCCGGCGUACGCGCUGCGGGCUAAGAGUUUCUUGCCGGUCAUAUACAAGGAGUUUCCGUUCGUUGAGUACGUUAUUAUUACUCUGCCGUACGACACCGAAAAGCCGCCGUUCCUUGGGGACUUUGAUCAUAUCCCACUUCGCAAAUAUUACCCCAGGAACUCUGAAGGUUAUCUGAUACCGCCGCCCGAUGGCCUCUGGAUCAACUGCAGGUACGCGGCGGAUCCAGUGGUCGCUACACCUGUGCGCAGUGAAAAAGACAUAACAUCCAUCAAUGUCUUCUUGGAUGAGCCACACAUGGAAUUUUCUCAACAUCAAAUCACUUUGUUGAGGGAGGAUAUACAACGCCUGCGGAGCGGUAGGGAAACCCCUGAGGAUGUCGAAGAGUCGAACAUCAACAGCUUUGUCUUUUCCUUUGUCACGUACACAGAGAAUGUAGGGAGUGAGAAACAGUUACCUAUUGUCGUUGGCGUUGCCUCCGCGCGGAAAAUUUCAGUUAAUGAAAUGUAUAGUUUACGUGCAAACUAUGACCUCGACAAGCUAGUAAACUACUACUCGAAGGCCCCUCGGGACUACAGCGAAACAGACGUAACGCUCAGUUCUGAGGAGGGACGGCGAAAGUUCUUCAGGAACGAGGUGAGAGGUUUGCUCGUUCGCAGUUUCUACGUGAGGCCUGUGUAUCGUAGUCGUAUUUCCUUCUUGAUGAGGGAAUUGUUGCGACACACAGACUGUGAGUUGGCAUUAUUGCUAGAAGAUAAUGCCAGUUCACCCUUCACCACCUUGUUGCAUCAGUUACUGCGCAUCCAACCUCGACGAGUGGUGGAGAAACCUCGCCCUCCGGCAAGCGAACCGGUAUUCACACCAAGAAGCCCAGAAAGGAUACCAAGUAAGGAUGUCUCACCCCUUGGUUGCCUUUUUGCCGCCACGCGUAGAACUCUUGGGGACCGCAAAAAACUGGUACAUACACGCAUUAUUGUCGUGGGCGCCGGCUCCACUGGUCUGACGUUUCUUUAUCGUCUUCUUACCGUGCCGUACAUUUGUUUCACUAACCUGGUGCUUAUCUCUACUGAUGGCAUGCCGGAGCAUCCUAACCAACAGCAGAACCUCUGGAGCACCGAUCGGAUGGAACUACUUGAACGAGAACAUAUGGGACUCACAGUGGGGAACCCUAUUCGCGUUAUCCACGGCUCUAUGGUCGAUAUUGAAACUGCCCAGCGUUAUGUUGUCGUUGACGACAGCACUUAUGAGCCGUAUGACUAUGUUAUUCUCACAACGGGUAGGCAAUUUGGCGUGCCUCUUUCCAUAAGUAGCCUUCAACAACCAGUGCAGCAGCGGCAGCAGUUGUCACGGACGAGCACACCUCCUGGUGUUCUGCCGAUCUCUGGUUCGGCUUCUGUAGAAAGGUUGCAGCGGACCCUGUAUGAAUUGGACCGUAACCCAGAAAAUGUCAGCAACAUUGUGGUGUACGGCUCCGGUCUAGACGCCUUUGCUAUUGCCACAUCCAUCAUCAACCUCGGUUUCUCACCGCAACGUAUGGUGUUGGUGAGUCCGGAUGUAACAAAUCCAUUCGUUGACAAGGACGCCUUUGAAUGUGUUGUGAGAAUGUGGAGUGCAUUGGGGGCGAAUACGAUGCAUGGGUACAAGAUCAGUCGCACAGAAUACGAUGAUGAUGGUACCACAUUAACAACCGUCGUUCUUUCACCCGUGCCCGCAUUAGCCGCUCCGGCUGGUCCUGGGACCGAUUCCAAUGCCCGAAGUUCUGUUGAGAUCAACUGCAGCCUUAUCGUCUGCUGUGAGGAUAAGGAUAUUGACAGUAAUGUACUUUCCACACUGAACAGGCGCUCGAUUGUGUUCGACGGUCGCGUCACGGUUGAGUCCAACUACCUCACGACGAACCCGUGCGUAUACGCAACAGGGCCUGUUGCAAUGUUCACACGGCGGUACGGCACGACGACCAGUUUCGAUGAAUUCAACGCGAGGGACGUGGGAACAAACUUGGCGGAGGUUAUACUUGGUACGCUUGGGUUCGAGGAGUUUGCUACGCCAAACCUUCAGUCGUGCACAGAUAAGGAGAACGAAUUGCUUGCAGCGCAUAAUGAACUGUACAGUAAAGUCCUCGAUGAGAACGGUAGUCGCAACGCAAAUUAUGGUGUCGACCUUAAUUCUCUGUCGGCGGAAAAGGAUGCCCAUGAGAUUGCAAAGCAAAACCAACUUAAGCAACAGCAGAAACUCCCAGUGUAUACCACGCCCGUUGCGAGCCGAAUUCGUCUUCCUGGGAAGUACGUUUUCUUCAGUACUAUGCGCAUAUUUUUUGACCCCGCGCAGUGCACGCGAUUGUACUAUUCCUGUAUAGAAGACAACAAACCUUAUGUAGAUGACAUAACAGCCUCUUAUCAAGUGGCAACACCUGCCGACAGGGGCUCAAUAUAUAAAGACGUGGAGCAGGACCUUCUUGUAAUUUACUUGAACAAACACACGCGACUCAUUGAUGCUGUGGUGUACUUUGGUAAUGGCAGUCCUGAGACGCACAACUAUAUGUGCCUGAUUGGUUUGCCUCACUCCUUGUUGAACCUCAUCUUUCGCUAUAAUGAAGCCCGCACGGACUUGCUGGAAAGCGAUGAUUGCGGCUCCAACAGCAGUAUGAGCGGGAGUAAGAGCACCGCAAGCAACAAAAUAGAUAUUGUUGCUCAAGAAAGCACUCUAAAUCUCAUGGAAUAUCUUCGGUCACCAAGGUUGCAGGUUGUCUUUUACGAUCGGUUCGUGGAGUUCUACGAAAACCUCCGUAAGAAGAUGCAAGAGCAUGAGGAUGUGAUGAAAAUGAAGCAGAGUGCACUCCAGAGAAUGGAAGUGACACCACGUAUUAGCGCUAAAAACCGUGCGAUAUAUCUAGAAAAACUGACGGAGAUGCAAAAAGACUUUGCACGGAGGGUUCAGUACGAGCUCAUCAAAUUCCUCCACGAAAGCAAAGAGUACCUGCCACAGAUCAUGUACCUGCCAGACAUUACGGAGCAUGUGGAAAAAAAUGAGGGUCGACAGGAGUGA